AUGACUACCUCCGACUCUAUAUCGGAUUCUGGGAAAGUUUCCGAUUCUCCCGACAUCUCUGUCAUACCGCUCGAUGAUAGAGGGACUCGCCCGCGCUCCGUUGGCUUCUCCAGCGUUCAUCCAGCUGUGCAGGGUCAUGCCAACCGCGCCGGAGGGGUCGACCCGAAGCACAAUCUCACCGCCUCAGAGAAGCCUCCCUCCAUUGUGGGUAAGACGGCGCAAAAGUCCAAGAGCCAUUCAAAGGGCUCUAAAGCGCGAAAUGAGGACUUCGAGGCGGCCGUUAUCUUCGAGCACAAACUCACGUUUGACGCUGUCGCUACAGAGCUCCAGACUUCUCUAGACGCGAAAGAGCCGGCCAAGUCCUUCGGGCUCACCGAGGACGAGGCGGGAAAGCGUCUUCUGAGAGAUGGAAAGAAUGUGCUGACUCCUCAAAAGAGAAAAAGCGCCUUGCGCAAGUACCUGGAAUGUCUUUUCACGAUGUUCAAUAUCCUACUCAUUAUUUCUGGUAUCCUGGUGUACGUGCUUCUCGGAAUCGACUUCAAGGACAACAUACAGAACACCUAUCUCGGUGGCAUUUUGAUCGGAGUGGCGUUUCUCAACGCAUUCAUAUGGUUCUAUCAGCUCCAGAAGAGUGCAGCCAUCCUUGACUCCUUCCUUGCCAUGAUACCUCCUACGUGUCGCGUCAUGCGUGAAGGUAGUCUUCGUACCAUCCCAGCGAGUGAAUUAGUCAAGGGAGAUAUUGUUCUUAUCCGUUUGGGAGACAAAACACCCGCAGAUCUUUAUCUUUUCUCUUCAACGGAGCUGCUAGUCGACAAUAGCAGUCUCACGGGUGAGUCAGAACCUCAGGAACGUCGAGCAAAUCAAAAUGGUUCGACUGCUCUUGCGGUCGAUGCGGAGAACCUCGUGUUCAACUCAACGCUUAUCGUUAGCGGCGAAGGGUGGGGUGUUGUGGUUCACACUGGAGACAACACGAUGAUUGGACAAAUUGCGGCACUAACUGGUGGUGAGAGCUCCAUGAAGAGUCCUCUUGAUGGGAAUGUGCUAAUCUUGGGAAACAGUGGACACUUCGUCAUUUUCAUGUCAAGCGUCGCCGUGACAUUCGCCGUUGUCUUCUUCGUUGUUGGAUUGACUUCGGUGUAUAAGGGACAGGUCUCCGCGACAGUAGUCUUUGCUGUCUCCGUCCUCACUGCCUUUAUCCCUCAAGGCUUGCCUUCUGUCGUCACGCUCUUACUCUCAAUCGCCGCUAAACGUAUGGCUAAUCAAAAUGUUCUAGUAAAGGACCUACAAGGUGUAGAGACCCUAGUAGGGUCACUUACGCUGUUGGCUACCGACAAAACUGGAACAUUGACACGUAACCAAAUGACGGUCACCAACAUAUGGAGCGGAGAGAUACUGUACAGCGCUCAUCACUCCAAAGAUGAUGAUCCAGACACGACCCCCUUCGACAUUGAGGAGCACCACUUGCAGAAACUUGUUGACGCAGCUACUGCAAAUUCCUUCAUUAAGUUUGAUCAUCUUGAUGUUCCAAUGUCUCAGCGGAUGAUCCUUGGUGAUGCGACUGAGACUGGACUCGCACGUUUCGUCGGCAAGUGUGUAUCAGAUUAUGAUGCUCAUAAACAGAAAUAUAAACGGGUGUUCGAAAUCCCCUUCGACUCUGCCAAUAAAUGGGCACUUGUCAUCGUUAACAAACCUCAUGAAGAUGGACAAUUCACAACAUAUAUUAAAGGCGCCCCGGAACGAGUGUUUGAAAAGUGUUCUACGUACUUGAAGGAUGGAAAGCUCGAGCCGAUUUCAGAUGAGUUUAAACGCGCCUAUGAAAGAGCUUAUGACUAUAUGGCCUCAAGAGGACACCGGGUUCUGGCCUUCGCCCAGUCUCUUCUCCCCGGGGAACGCUUUCCGGUAGACUACGCAUUUUCAAAGGCCGAUUAUCCGUCUAUGGGCUAUUGCUUCAUUGGUCUUACCUCACUGGAAGACCCUCCGAAGCGUGGUGUUCGCGAAGCAAUUGGCAAACUCCGCUUGGCCGGCAUUAAGGUCAUGAUGGUUACAGGUGACCAUCCAAAGACUGCUGAGGCUAUUGCGCGCAAAAUCAAUCUGAUUAUCGAAGACACAAGAGAGUCACUCAGCGCCAAGACUGGAAGACAUGUCGAGGAUAUCUAUGAGGACGAAGUUCAAGCGGUCAUUGUACAUGGUGACGAUAUCGACAAACUACAGGAUUGGCAAUGGGACAAUAUUCUCAACAAACAGGAAAUCGUCUUUGCGCGUACUUCCCCUCAACACAAACUUGAAAUUGUCAAGCAUGCACAGGCCCUCGGUCACAUUGUCGGCGUCACUGGAGACGGUGUCAACGACUCUCCAGCAUUGAAGAAAGCUGAUCUGGGUAUAGCAAUGAAUAUUUCCGGCUCUGAUGUGUCAAAGGAAGCAGCUAAUAUGAUUCUUAUGGACGACAAUUUCGCGUCUACUGUCGUGGGAGUUCGCGAAGGACGUCACAUAUUCGCGAACUUAAAACGUUCCAUACAGUAUACGCUUUCUCACCUAAUGCCAGAAAUUAUACCGCAGCUUCUUUACGUUGUUAUCCCGAUCCCUAUUCCUCUGUCCGCAAUGUUGAUUUUACUUAUUGAUUUGGGCUAUGAGAUAUUUGCCGGACUUUCUUUUGCGUGGGACCCGCCAGAAACAGUAGACGGAGUUAUGCGAAUGCCACCUCGGAAACCCGUCACUGAGCGGUCUAUACGGCGUAUCAAGAAGCGUGCUCUUCAGCAGGCAAUGAGGCUCCGUCGUGACGCUGAGACUCAGGAAGUCCUUCAAUCUGGGAGGUUGGCUAAGAUCGCGGAAAAGGCGAAAAUUGCAUUUACCGCUGAGUUUUGGGAAAGUCUUUUCGGACGGACUGAUGACGAGACGCUUGUAAAUUGGAAAGUUUUGAGCUAUUCGUACCUUGAAGUUGGAAUUAUCGAGUCAAUUGGAUCAACGACUGCUUAUUUUGUUGUGUUCUUGAGAAGCGGUUUCACGCCCAAAGACCUACAGAGAGCCCAGGAAGCGUCCGGAAAUGGUAUAACCUACUUUAAAGAUGAUUCACCUGACUUUAUCAAUCAUGCGGGUCGAGCUAUCCCUGCGUCCGAACAAGUUAUUGCUCUCGCAAAAGCUCAAUCCAUUCUCUACCUGUCGAUUUUCAUGAUGCAAUGCUUCAAUAUCUUCGCUGUCAAGGCCAAAUUCAAAUUCCCCUUCGGCAAGCGAGUUGUCAGCAACCCUUACAACUUUGCGGGUAUUCUCGGUGGAGCUUGCGUCGCGAUGUUCGUUGUGUACACUCCACCGUUGCACGUCGUAUUUGGUGGAACAUAUCAUUUGUCUCCGCUAUAUUGGCUUAUUCCGAUUGGGUUUGGAACAUUGAUUCUUGCAUGGGCUUCUUUACGUGUCGUAUUAAUGCGCAAGGCGCUCGAGAGAUCAAAGGUGAAGGAUAUCAAGGGCUUGAUUAUGUGUAAGUCUUUGUCGCUGGAUCGUCUGACUCGUUAUAUUUAUGUGAUGCUAAUGGUUUUUUCGUUAGUCCCGACAAUGACAACGAUGAGCGUGCGUUCUCGAAACAAAUGA